AUGAUUAUGUUUUCGAAUCGGACGGUUCAGAUCGAGGAGAGCGAAGAGUCCGUGCGGCUGAGAUCCGUUUGGGACCCACAGCGCGUCACAUCAUCAGCUCGUCGCAUGCAAGCGGUUAAGAUCUGUGAGUUGUACGGUCGAGAUUCACGCAGAAAAAUCGGAUUCUUUGCGAUCUCUUCAGCAGUUGUUUCGAUUUCGAAUUUCUCCAAAAACUCUUUCAACCUCUUUUUCCUCCGUCUCUCCUCCGACUAUCAUGCCUCCGAAGAAUCGUCAAGCAAGAGAAGGGAAAGGCCGUCGACCUCGGCGGUGACGGGAAUUCACGCCGCACGCCGAGACGACGCUCGACGCCGAAAGCCUCGACGCUUCCGGCAGGAUUUCGGGAUCCCGGAUGAGAUCGAACUCGUUCUCCGGCUGAGGGAGAGGACCCGGAGCAUGUUCGUCCGGGGUUUUGCUGCGCCUAUACGUCAUGCACCCGAGCUUCGUCCGCCACGUGAUAGGAUGUGCGGUUCGAGCUCGGGAAGAGGGCGUCUCGUUCGGUGUUCGAGAUCUGAGAAAGCUUUUCUCGGUGAAGAACAACACCAGGCUUCCGGGUCGUUUUACUCCUCGCCGAGGCCGAAUCGGCGAAUAUUCACGAACACCCCGCAGAGGGAUAGCGGGUGGAGUGACGAGAUGUUCUUCUUCCGGGUCAGCGAGGCCACGAUGGGCGACUUCGACUUUGGUCGAAUCCGAACGGAGUGGGCGACUAGCGUUGUUGUAGAUCCAGUACCGAACAACCCGGGGAUUGAUUACCUCGUCGAGCGACUCGGAAGGGAAAAGGUGAACUGGAGUACUUUUACUCCGGAACGGAUCCGUCGAGUUCUCAGCUCUCCUCCUGCUCCUCCUCCAGCUGAUCUUCCGGUUAGAUCGGCGCAAGAUUCUAGCUCCGCUUCUUCUGUUCCUCCUCUCUCACGCAGAUCGAAAAUGCCCGUCGUCAGCCUCUCAGAUCCCGGACCGCAAAGGUGCCAAGGCGCUUCCUCGGGUGGAAGUCGAGUUCGUGCCGGCGAGUUCGUAACGGCGGUGGAGGAGGCUAUGGCUUCGAAGCCCACGGCGGGGUCUUCUGCCCUUGCCGACCAGGUGGUUGACCAGGUCGACGCGACCGCUGAAGGAGAGGUCGUUCCUCUCCCGAGUACGGUUCAUGUGAGCUCCGAUCGGACUCGGAGUUCGGAUCAAGGUCACUCGAGGCAGGCGCCGAAGCGAGCUCGGAGUGACGAUGGAGAGACUCGUUCUCGCGAGGGCGGCCCGACUGCCUCGAACGGGAGCGGGGGAAAGCCGCCGUUUUACUGGCAGUACGAGAACUCCAGAGGCUUCCCCGUUCAGGACGACGAGGAGGGAACAGCUCGCAUUCAGCUCCACUUCAAGCCCGUCGGAUGCCGGCUCCCGUCCCUGAACCAGAUGUCUGAGAAGGAGCUCUACAUCGCGACGUGCGCUGCGAGUGGGAGGGCUGUGGCAGCUCGUAACAUGUUGGUGUCCCGCCUGGAGUCGAGGAUCAGAGACGCGCCUCAGCAGAAAGAGCUCGAUCAGGUGAAGGAGCUCGUUGCCAAGUUGACCUCCGAUCUCUCUGCGGCGAACGAGCGGGUAGCUCGUCAGGGUGAGCUCUUGAAGAAACACACCUCGCAGGAGGGUCGUGUGAAAGAGCUCGAGACCAGGGAGGCCGAUCUCUUGCGCCAGCUGUCCCAGAAUCAGGAGCAGAUGGCGGCUUUGCAGAAGGAGAGCUCGAGUGCGCUGACGCAGUCGCUUCGCCUUAGCCGGGAGAACCAGGUACUCGUCGCCGAGAAGGACAACGUAGCUCGCCGUGCCAACCGCGCAGGUCGGAGGGAGAUGGUCGCGAAGCAUCGGGAAGUGCUUGAAUCGGCUAAGGCAAAGUUCGAGGAGAAGAGGGUGGAAGGUGAGAAGGAGGGCGAUCAGAUCGAACUCCAAUCCAACAUCGAUCUCCUUACGUCGCUGAUCUCCGGUGCGAUCAACCAGGAGGAAGAGCUCGCCAGGUUGAAGGGGCUCGAGGAUGAGGUGGCCGAAGCAGCCAAGGCGGCCCAAGUCUCCGAUUUCUCGAUCGGGAAGUUAACCUUCCCGUGGUUUCGGAGGACUCGGUCGCGCGCAUGGAGAUCGACCCAUCGACGAGCAUCCCGGUUGGCUUGA